AUGGCAGACUUCAAGGAAAAGCGAUGGUGCAGGCUUCUACCUCAGUGGAUUAGAGUGAAUGGGCAUCUCAGUUGGAGUAGAGAAGGGGGUCUUACUGGAAGGCAAAAUGAAAACGAGAACGACAAAGGCAUUUUUUAUGAUAUCCUAGCGGGGCGCCUUGAUUUCCAAAGCUCUCCCUGGCCUUCAAUAUCGUCUGGUGCAAAGGAUCUUGUUACGAAAAUGUUAACAAUGGAUCCUCGGAAAAGGAUCACUGCUGCCGAAGCCCUUGAACAUCAAUGGCUCAAGGAAGGUGGUGAAGCAUCAGAUACGCCUAUUGACAGUGUUGUGCAAAUAAGGAUGAAGCAAUUUAGAGCAAUGAACAAGCUGAAAAAGCUGGCUUUAAAGGUUGUUGCAGAAAACCUUUCAGAAGAAGAAAUCAAGGGGUUGAGACAAAUGUUCAACAACAUGGACAUGGAUAGAAGUGGUACCAUUACUUAUGAAGAGCUCAAAACUAGGCUAUCUAGGUUGGGAUUCAAGCUUUCAGAAGAAGAAAUACAAGAAUUGAUGGAAGCUGUUGAUGGUGGAUUGUAG